UGUGAAAAUACAUGUCAUACAGAUACAGAUACAGAUACAGAGAGUCAGAGAGGUGACCUAUAACCACCUAUUAGCCUAACAAAAGAAGAGAGAGGGGGGGAAAUGGGAGGAGUUGGAGCGUUUUGGGGGACGAGGGUGAUGGAAAUAGUGAAGAAGCAUGAUUCGGGAGGUCUUGUUUGGAAGAGAAUUAAACUCACCACCACCAGAAAAGCUAAUGCCAAGAAGAGACUUCUUAGGGUUUGGCAGAAUGAAGCUGUGUUGAAGGCCUGUGCUGAACCUCCACCUUCAAAAACUUCAGUUGCUGGUGCCGUUGGAAUAGUGGAGAAGGAUGGCAGCAACACCCUGUCAUGACCCAACAGAUCGAGUCAGAGCAGGAGAUGAGCCUGAAAUGCCUGUGGCUCCUUUCUUCAUGCAGCUGAUUAUUAUUAUUACUAAUACUAUUUUUGUCUCCAGGACUUGAACUAUAUCAAUUAUAGACACGCUGUUGUUUCUUCUGUUAGAAAAAAUCUAAAGGGGUCUGUCUCUGUGGUGCAUCCUCUAAAAUGUUUUACCAGCUCAUUGCUCUUGGAGAGUCAUUUUUUUUCAUCCAAGUAAUAUUCAUAAUUUACAAUUUUGGAUUUGGUGCUUGUAAUACUUGAUAAUCAAUCAUUCACCAGCUAUAACAUAUUUCAUCCAA